UCAGAUUGACCCGCCAAACUUUCCCGCCAUGUGGCAGCUGUAACGGUCUUUUUAAGUAGUUUAUCGCGCGUAGAGUGAUAACUCAUCGCCUGAGGUAUUUCAGUGUCGUAUAACCGUGAACAUGUCGAGUUUAGACGUUAUUUGUGAGAAGAUUCACGCCGGGCACGCGCCGCAGUGGUACGCGAGCUGGGAGCGCGCCGCCGUGUGUGUCGCGUGCGUCGCGGAGAUGAUGGAUAGACCGGACGUAUCUGCGGUGCGCAAACGGGCGGCGCUGAUGUGCGUGACGCGCGCGGAGACGGUGCGUGAGCUGCUUUACCGGGAGGAGAACCGGAGAAUAAACUUCACCUGCUCACUACUGAGAAUGUUGUUGUGUGCUGUGGACUCUUCACUCUUGGAUCAGGUGAUUGAGGUACUGCUGCAAAUGUCGCUGGAUAUGCAGAGUCAGCAGUUUCUGCAGUUCAUGCUGGAUGAGAUCCACUCAAAGUUGAGUGAUGGCAGCAGGGUGAAGGAUUCUCUGCCAUCUGUCAUGCUUCUGGGUAAACUGCUGGACGCUCAUCCUGCUCUGAGACAAACACUGACGUCCAGCCACUUGUGUGUGUUGGAGUGUGUUUGUGGAGGUCUGCUGGUGUCAGAUGAGGAUCUGAAGGCCGCUGUGUGUUACGUGCUGUUGAGAGUCUGGAGCUCCAGCGCUGCCGUCCACACGCUGACAAACACUCAGCGAGAGAGAAUGUGUGUGUUACUGCUGCACACACUCUCCCACACACACUCAACUACUGUCACCAUCAACUGCCUGGGUGUUCUGAAGCAGAUGUUGCAGUUCUUUGAGGUGGUGUGUGUGUUGAUGAGUCUACAGGAAUGCAGUGAAGAGCCGCUGACUUACCAACCACUGCCACUCAUCUUGAAGAAGGUGUUGUUGAGCACUCAGGACUCUCUUCAGGUGGUGUCUGUUCACUGUGUGUGUGCUAUCCUCAUUCACUCACCCGCUCACUUCAGUUCAUCAUUCAUUCACGCUGAUUUCCCUGAGUUUCUGUUUGAGUGUGUGUGUAGCAGCAGUGAUGUGUUGAUGUGUUCAGUGUUCAGUUGUCUACUGCUGCUGUCUGAAGAUCCGCUCUUCUUCUCACAGUGUCACUCUGUGUACGGUAUUGAGCCGUUAGUGCGUAGUUUAAAAGAGACUCUGGGAAAAUCCAACAUUGAGGUGCAGAAACGAGGACUGGAGCUGCUGACAGCUGUACUGGAGAGGCAGCCUGCAGGUGUGCGUCUGUUCCCGUCCGGUUCUGAGUUCUCUGCUGUCACGGAUGUCAUCGUGGAGGGCGUGGCCUCUUCCUGUCUGCAGGUGUCCAUCCAUGCAGUGUUGGCAGCGACUGUCCUCUUCAGGCCGCAUCAUCAGUCCAGUCCGGUUCAGCUGUCAGACAUCAGGAGAAUCGUGGAGGUUGUGAUGUCCAAAUGUACAGAAUAUCAUCACAUACACAACAGAGAGAGUUCCUGUGGGUCAGAGUUCAGUAAUGAAUCAGUUAAAGCUGGAGCAGUUCUUCUGCAGAUGCUCAAGUGUUUUGAUGCAGCCUGCAGUCUGGCAGAGGUGUGUAUGUGUGAGUCGGCUCUGAAGGACAGUGUGUGUUCAGCUUCACAACAGCAGGAAACACUGGAGUCUCUGUGUGUAUAUCUACUGCACUGCUGCGACACCACCUGCAUCCCGACUGUCACUAGAGUCUGUGAGCGUGUUUCUUCUCCACAGGUGCUGCAGGUCUUUUUCUCAGUUUUGUCUCGUCAUUUUUCUCUGAGUCCUGCUCACAUGUUGUCCUUCUGCAGAAAACUCGCCUCCUCUGGUUUCAUCAGACUGACUCUAGAGAACAGAGCUCAACUGUGUUCAGGAAACAGGAAUGUGUCUCUGAAUCUGGUCUGCUGUGAUUUCCUUCUCAAACUCUGUAUGUGUCUGUUCACUCAGUCAGACACUUCGAGCAGUGACCAUCAAGCUCAUGUGGAGAGUGUACUGCAGGAGUGUUUGUCAUCUCUGUGCUGUCGUGUGUGUGACUGGACGUCUGUUCUCACCGAUCCUCAACAAUCCCUCAGAAACACACAGUACUGCAUCAUCUACCUGCUGCACCUGUCACUGCGCCACGGAGACAGGCUGCUGUGUGACUCUUUAGUGUUCUCCGGUGUUGUGCGGUUCAUGUGUGUUCAGGAUCACACUGAUAUCUCUCUCCCUCCAUCAGUGUUGUGUUCAGUUCUGUAUCUGCUGUCAGUCACUCAACACUGCGGUCCUCAACUGGACACCGCUGCAGUGAAGAGCAUCAGUCGAGCUCUGUCCUGCUGUCCUCUCCUCUUCUCUCUCUCCUCUCUUCAUCCCUCUAUCCUGAGCUUCAUCUUCUCGUAUCCUGAGCUCUCAGAGCACUUUGGAGUCACAGCACUGACAGGAAAUCUCACCAGCGGGUCAGAAGCGGGUCAGGAAGAGGAUCAGAUGCAGUCAGAGCUGCUGGAGCUGCUUCAGAAACACCCUGCAUCUCUGAUGUCUAUGAUGGUGGUGGUGUGUGAAGCAGAGUCAGCAGUGGCACAUAGAGCUGCAGGUGUGUUGAGGUGUUUCCUGUGUUCAGGUGACAGCAGCAGAAUGUCUGAUCUCUGUGAUCGGAUUAAAUCAGCUCUUCUGUUACUCCUGCAGAAACUCACACACACAGAUAGAGUGUCUGUGUUGUUGGGCGUGUUGUCUCUGGUUCAGAGUAACGCAAGUCAUAGUGAAAUGGAUCACACAGACUUUAAAUUGCUUUACCAUGUGAGUAAUCUGGUUGGGAAGAUGAACUCCAGUGACUCAGAGCUGCUGUUGUCUGCGUUAAACUGCCUGUACUGUUUCCUGUGUGUGUGUCCAUCACACUGCACUGACAGAGCUGUGUCUCUGCUGCUGGGUAACAUCAGGCUCAUGGAGUUGUUGGAGGAAGUUUUAUCAGUCUCUCCCUCUUCAUCCUCCUCUUCAUUAUCUGCUCUGCACAGCUGUUCACUCCUGCUGCUGUCCUCCCUCAUUAACCUACAACACACACACUCUGCACAGGUGCACAGGAGCAUCAGUAUAGAUCUUCAUAGGAUUGUGAGCCGACUCACGUUCAGCAAGAGACACACACACAGUCUGCUUUUGAUGUGUAGUGUGAAGUUUGUGCAGGUGUGGUUGGAUGUAGAUAAGAGUUCACUGGUGUGUGUAUGUGAGAGUGCCGCACUGCAGCACCCCCUUCAGGAAGCAGAUGGCAUUCUGUACCCAUUCAGGUACAGUGGCGCAAAGAGCCUAAUGAUGGCCCUGAGAGGACUCAUACUGCAGAAAGAGGAUCUGGUGAUCAGUGCAGCUGUGGACUGUUUGAGGUCUCUGAUUGGCUUUCUGCACAGAAGGAACACUGCAAUAGCGCAGCACAUGGUGUGUCAGCCCUGGAAUCGAUUCCUACUCUUCUCUUUACUGUCCUGUGGAGGGACCUGCAUACUACACCCUGCUGUACUCAAACUCAUUACACUGCUGGUGUGUUUUGGUGGAGGCAUCUCACACUGGAAGACAGAAGUGCAGUCAGUGUGUGAGGAGGUGGAGAGACGAGGAGUCACACAUCUUAAAGACGACAGCACACACACACUGACACUGCUGCUCGCACAAGUACACAAACGCACACGGACACUGCAGCUCGCACAAUGCUGUGCUCUCUCUCCUCCUGAUGAUCUGAGGAUGAAGAUGGACCGUAUACUGGACUCACUCAAACAUCUUCCUCCAUCGGACGCCCCUACUCAACACAUACUUCGUGUUGGACAGGUCUCUGUGUGUGUGUGUCUCAUGAUCCAUCCAAACACACAAUCAACACACAAUAACACACAUUACUGAAGAUUUUUCUGUUUCAGCUUGAGAUGUUUUGUUUGUGUUAAAUACACUAUUUAUUUCUUCUUCAUCAUUUUAUGGAUGUAUGUGAUGUGAAUCCGUUUGUAAUUGUUAACAGAUAAAUAUCAGUAUUUAUUAUGUUCUUCAUCUGUGUAGUUCAAAGAAUUAAAGCAAAUCCAAUAUGAUCAAUGACUGAUAAUUGGUGAUCAUGAUGACGUCACCUCGUCACUCAAACAGUUCCGGCAGACUGGAGCACACCCGCGGCAUGUAAAUGAUCCGAUAACACUUGGCUGAUAAACGCAUUUGACCGUUGAUUGUGCGCUUUGUGUUUCAGGUGAGUGCAGUUCUGAUCUGAGAUCAUUACACGACCACAGCUGCAACAUCUGCACUCACUAAUGCUGCUCGAUAUUAUUGAUUAUAUGCAUAAACACCGAAUAUCUUCAGUAAGUGUCAUUCUCUCGUUUAUAGUGUAUUGUGAAUGUCUCGUGUUUAAUGCAAUGUGUCCUGAAGUGGCAAAUGCAUCAGUAUCUUAAACAGAGACCAGUUCAACCAGUCAGAUCUGUUCACAUUUAAUCUGAAUCCAUUCUGCAGGUCUCCUGUAAAACAUGCUUUUAAAUCACAAGUGGUGAUGGUAUUAUCUUUAAAAUAUGCAAUAGUAGUAUCUUGUUUUUUUGAACACUGCAAUUGUGUAAAACCAUGAUAUUCUUUGUAGUGCAGUAACAAUUAAAUAUCAUGGUAUUUUAUUAUAGUAAUCAAACUGUGCCGUGGUAUUACCAUUACUGAACCAUUAUGUUCACAUUGCAAAAUUGUCUACAAAAAUGUUUGUUGUCGAAUAGUCGUUUGAUGUCAUUUAACGUAACAUGAGAUCAUAUUAAACUCUAAUGAUGAUGCAUGAGAGCAGCACUGCAGUUCACGACUGAGGAAGAAUUACACAGCUCACAGUCCAGAUGCAGGCUAAACUUUCCAAAAAACUUCAGCUGAUGUAGAUCACAAAGUAUGAGGGAAUUAUAAUGCAAACAUACCAAAUAAGUAAAUACAGAAGCACUCUCAUUGUAGAAUAAGUGGAGCUGGAGCUCUUUAAAGGAAACACCCCGGCGUUACAUCUUUAAUGCGGUUAUAUUUAAUGCGUUACAUCAUUAAUGCAGCAGUUAUAUUUAAUGCGUUACAUCUUUAAUGCAGCAGUUAUAUUUAAUGCGUUACAUCUUUAAUGCAGCAGUUAUAUUUAAUGCGUUACAUCUUUAAUGCAGCAGUUAUAUUUAAUGCAUUACAACAUUAAUGCAGCAGUUAUAUUUAAUGCGUUACAUCAUUAAUGCAGCAGUUAUAUUUAAUGCGUUACAUCUUUAAUGCAGCAGUUAUAUUUAAUGCGUUACAUCUUUAAUGCAGCAGUUAUAUUUAAUGCGUUACAUCUUUAAUGCAGCAGUUAUAUUUAAUGCGUUACAUCUUUAAUGCAGCAGUUAUAUUUAAUGCGUUACAUCUUUAAUGCAGCAGUUAUAUUUAAUGUGUUACAUCAUUAAUGCAGCAGUUAUAUUUAAUGUGUUACAUCAUUAAUGCAGCAGUUAUAUUUAAUGCGUUACAUCAUUAAUGCAGCAGUUAUAUUUAAUGCGUUACAUCUUUAAUGCAGCAGUUAUAUUUAAUGCGUUACAACAUUAAUGCAGCAGUUAUAUUGAAUGCGUUACAUCAUUAAUGCAGCAGUUAUAUUUAAUGCGUUACAUCUUUAAUGCAGCAGUUAUAUUUAAUGCAUUACAACAUUAAUGCAGCAGUUAUAUUUAAUGCGUUACAUCAUUAAUGCAGCAGUUAUAUUUAAUGCGUUACAUCUUUAAUGCAGCAGUUAUAUUUAAUGCAUUACAACAUUAAUGCAGCAGUUAUAUUUAAUGCGUUACAUCAUUAAUGCAGCAGUUAUAUUUAAUGCAUUACAUCUUUAAUGCGGUUAUAUUUAAUGCGUUACAACAUUAAUGCAGCAGUUAUAUUUAAUGCGUUACAUCAUUAAUGCAGCAGUUAUAUUUAAUGCAUUACAUCAUUAAUGCAGCAGUUAUAUUUAAUGCGUUACAUCAUUAAUGCAGCAGUUAUAUUUAAUGCGUUACAACAUUAAUGCAGCAGUUAUAUUUAAUGCGUUACAACAUUAAUGCAGCAGUUAUAUUUAAUGCGUUACAACAUUA